UGUUAUAUCCAUAGAAUAUGUCAAAGGCAGUCUUGAUUGAUUUGUGCAGCUUUGGAUUCAGGUCUUGGAAUAACUGGACCCAGGCAUCGGUGAUCAGAACAUUAGAAACUCUUGGGGAGAACGACCCUGUUUACCUUAUGUGUUGCCAAACCUUUGGAAGUGAAGGGAAUUGUGGAGAUGUAUUUCAUACAGCAAUACGAGACUUUAAUGGUCUAGGGAAACAACUUGAGGUUGUGUGUGCCAAAAAUACAGUUGCUGUCUUAUACACCAUUAAGCAAAAACUCGAUGAAAAAGACAUCGACGCUGUUAAAGUAAUCGUGCCGGCGCAAAGGAAACCGUUAAUGAGAGAGUACAUGAAUCAACUUUUUACUAGUGUUUACCAGUUUGAGUUUAAAGAUUUUCAGAUUAACUGUGAAGAAAACAACCUCAGAAAUUCUGCAGAACUGCAAGGUGAAUUAAUGCCACUUACAGACCAAGACAUAGAUAAGAUCCAAACUGAGAUAACGAUAUUUUUGAAGAGCCUUCCUAGUCUGAAAGGGGAACUUACCAUUCUCAAAUCUUCAUUGAUCCCAGAUCCUAUCUUCCUCCAUGGAUUCACUACAAGAACAGGUGGCAUCUCCUAUAUACCGACGUUGAGCUCUUUCAAUCUCUUCAGUAGUUCCAAACGACGUGACCCACCCAUUGUGGUUAAGGAAAAUCUUCGCAGGCUAGCUGCCGCUGCUGGAUUCAACCCUGAUGCAUAUCAUAGGGUAAAGGUCAACCACGCCAGUGAUGUUUGGGUCAUAGGAAAGGCCGAGCCGGAUAACUAUGAUGGGAUAGUAACUAACCUGAAAGGUGUGACACUAGCUGCCCCUGGAGCAGACUGCAUCCCUGUGCUUUUCGCUGAUCCUGUCAAGAAGGCAUGUGGUGCUGCUCAUUCAGGUUGGCAAGGCACGUUGUCAGGAGUAUCUAUGGCUGUCAUUAAUGCGAUGGUAACUGAAUACGGUUGCGACGUGAAGGAUAUCCUUGUGGUCCUGGGGCCGUCGGUUGGGCCCUGUUGCUUUAAACUGCCUUGGGAUUCGGCAAAACGGUUUCAUAGGAUCGAUCCCAAGUGCGUAAGACUUUAUGAAACGUCAACCCCGUACGUUGACAUCAGAAGAGCAACACGUAUUCUUCUGGAGACUGGAGGGGUUCUGCCUCAGAACAUACAGGAUGACUCUGUAACAGACCAGAACCAAAAUGUAACUGUCUGUACAUCAUGUUGCCCUGAUAAAUUCUAUUCUCAUGUCCGUGAUGGUGAGAACUUUGGAACACAGAUUGGCUUCAUAUCAAUUAGAGACUGAGGGUUUAUCUUCAUAUUUAUGCAAUAAUCCGGUAGAAAGUGUUGGGGCAAAUUGAUUAUAUUUACUGAUACUGAGUUCUUCCUGUGGUCAGCUAUAGUUCCAAGCUGUCUAUAUAAUAUAGUUACUUAGAAAAGAAGUCC